AUGAAAAAUACAAAAUUAAUACUGAAACAACCUGCAUUUAAUUUUAAACUAGCAGGAAUACCUGACGAUGAAUUACCUGUUAUUGAGACAACAAGUACUAGUUCUAUAGCAACGACUGCAACAGCAUGUUCAUCGGACAUUCAAUAUGAUGAUUGUUUAAUUAAUAAUAAUGCAGUGCUAUCAAAACCAAAUGAAUUAUCACCUUCUAUACUUGCUUAUAAGUCUGAACUAUGCAGCCUAUUUAUAUCAAAAAUAAAUAAUUUAGUCGAAUCGAGAAAUAUUUUUUGCUCAACAGAAUAUCCAAAAAGUUUUACAGGUGAAGAAGCAGUGAAUUUACUUUGUGAAAUUGUUGGAAAUAACUGGACAAGAAGAGAAUAUAGAGGAAUAGCAAGAUCGUUGAUGCAUAUUGAACCACCUAUAUUUGCACCUAUUUCAUACUCUGAUAAAUCAUUUAAAAACAAUAAGUUAUAUGAUUCACCAAAGGAAGUAUAUACAUUAACUGAAGAUUCAGCAAAUAAUAUACAUCUUUCUCAGGGCUUGUUUACACCUUUACUGGAUUGUUAUAAUCCACUAUGUUCAAAAAAUAAUUCUAAUGGAUGCUAUGCUCCUCUUUGUCCAAAUAAAAGCUCAUCAUCUCUAUCAAACCUGCAAAGAAAUAUUUCAUUAACCUCCUCAAUAGCAUCAUCACAAGAUACAUUUGUAUCUAAAUGUUGGUCAAAUACCGUUUCACCUGAAACACUUAAAAAAACACCUGCAAAAGAAAUGAAAAGACAAGAGGCAAUUUAUGAAUUAAUUUAUACAGAAGAAGAUUAUGUUAGGGAUUUAAACUUACUAGAUGAGUUGUUUGCGAAACCUUUAUUGAAAGCACAAUGUAUUGAACGUGAAAGAAGAGAGGAAUUCUUUAAGAAUGUGUUUGGAAAUUAUAGUGUGAUUGCUGGUAUUCAUCGUAAAAUGUAUCGUGAAUUACGUGACUAUCAACUGACAAGUCAAAUAAUGGAUACAACGGGAAAUGGAGUCGGAUUUAUUGAUGAAAUUGGGAUGAUUGUCGUUAAAUAUGUAAAUCGUUUUAUGGACGCUUAUAUAGAAUAUGGUCCACAUUUUAUAACUGCAGAAUACAUUGCUAAAAAAGAAAUGGCAAGCAAUAUUUUAUUUCAAAAUUUUAUUAAAGAAAAGGAAAAGCAAGCAGAAACACGUAAAUUACCUUUUCGACAUUUUAUUAUUUUGCCUAUUACACGAUUACAACGUUAUCCAUUAUUAUUAAAUGCCAUCUUAAAACGAACAACUGAAGAAAAGGAAAGACAGAAUUUAACAAAAUGUAUAAAUCUUAUUAAAGAAGUAGCAUCUAAAAUGGAUACUUUAACAAAUGAAGCUAAACAAGCAUUACAUAUUCAACAAAUUAAUGAUAAAAUUCGAUUUAAACCUGGCUAUCCUAAAUAUCGUUUAGAUUUAUUAAAGCCAGGUCGACAAUUACUAUAUGAAGGUCCUUUAAAACGUCGCUCGCAUCUUGUAGUUGAGUCUAUUGACUUGUAUGUAUUCUUAUUUGAUCAUUUAUUAUUAAUGACAAAGCCCAAGAAAUACGCUACACCUAACAAUUACGAUACAAUUGAAUACUAUAUGGUUUCUAAAAACCCAAUACCUUUAGAAUUAUUAAUCAUUCAUGAUGUAUCAGAGAACUUUAUACUCAACUCUUUCAGAACAGGUAAAGGAACAAAUUCAAGCAGUAAUGGUACAGCAACUUCAUAUUCAUUAACGUCAUCUUAUUCAGUAUCAACAAACACUAAUACUAAUAACACAUCACAAUAUAUGAAUCAAACUGCACUUAUGAUUCGUCAUUUGGGUAAACACGGAGGUGAUUACAUUUUAUAUGCAGACACAUUAAGUUCAAAGCUAGCUUGGAGGGAAAAAAUAUUAAAUGCGCAAAAUCAACUAAAUGAAAAAGAAGCAGCCAACAGAAUGUUUGAAAUGGUAACCAUAAGUGAUACUAUGUUUGCUCAAUCCUGCAAUAGUCUUCAAAACCAUGGAAAAAUAACAUGUGCUGCAUCAUUCGUUAGUAGUAAAGGUAUGAAAAUGGUUGUAUUAGGCACACAGUAUGGUGUUUGGAUGGGCAAAGAAAGUGACAUGAAUGGGUUGAAACAGGUAUUGACAGCUUCUGAUGUUACGCAAAUGGGUGUUUUAGAAGGUCAGAACAUAUUACUUGUUUUAGCAGAUAAAACUCUUACGGCUUAUCCUAUAUGUCAACUUGAUCCAAAUAUAACUUCAACAAAAUUAUCAACAAAUAAGAAACUAAAUGUAGGAAGUACUAGAGUUUUAUCAAAUCAUGUGACUUAUUUUAAUAUGGGUACCUGCAACGGAAAAUCACUAGUAGUAACAAUGAAAAGAAAAGGAGCUGACAGUCAAUUUAAAGUAUACGAAGUUAUUUGCGGAGAUUUGAAUGACGUAAAAAAUGCUAAAUACUUGGCAACGAAGACUUCAUUUAUGACAAAGCCUCCUGCAUGGUUUAGAGUCUAUAAGGAAUUUUACGUCGGCACUGAUUCAUCAGCAGUUCACUUUUUAAAAUCAAAGUUAUUAGUAGCCUGUAGUCGAGGUUUUGAAGUGAUUGAUUUGGAAAAUCUGAGUGAAGUAAAGCAUAAUUUACCUAAUUUAGAAGAUAAAGACUUUAGCUUUAUCACAACUUCAGACGCAAAACCAUUUAAUAUAUUUCGAUACAAUGAAUACUUUUUAAUGUGUUAUGAUAAAUUUGCAUUUUUAAUCGAUUCACAUGGCGAUUUUGUUAAAGGAAAAUGUAGAAAGAUUGAAUGGGAAAGUAAUCCAUAUUCAGUUGCAUUUUAUUAUCCUUAUGUGAUUGCAUUUGAUAAUAAAUUUGUUGAAAUUCGACAUGUUGAAACGGGUAAAUUAGUACAAGUUUUUACAGGUAGUCAUAUUCGACAACUUUCCUCUGCUGUAAAUAAUACCAAUGCUCCUACAUCUACUAUUUAUGGUUGCAUGACUCAUCAGUUCAGAUCAGAUUAUCAACAUAUAUUUAAAUUAAGCCCUUUAUUUUCUUAG